AUGGACGCCCAAGCCUACCUCCUUCGCCACGGCUGGGCCGGCCCCGGAAACCCCCUAAACCCCUCCCGCCGCCUAGGCCCCCACGCCGGCCUGGGCCUCAGCAAACCGAUCCUCGUCGCGCGCCGAUCAGGCAACGAAGGCGUGGGCAAAAAGACAACCAAGGACCCGACAAAUCAGUGGUGGUUGCGCGGGUUCGAGGAUGCGUUGAAGGGGGUGGGACAGGAGAAUGGAGCUGCGGGUGGGGAUGGGGGGAGGAAGCCGAAUGCGUUGACGAGUGAGCUGUAUCGGUUCUUUGUAAGGGGGGAGGGGUUGGCGGGGAGUAUUGGGGUGAAGAGGGAGGAGACAAAGGUGGAGAAGAAGGAGAAGAGGAAGAGGGGAGAGGAGGACGAUGGUGAUGGGGUGGAGAAGAAGGCAUCGCGGACAGAGAAGAGCAAGAAACGAAAGACGGAUGAGUCCUCGGAUCACAAAGAGAGCACGGAGGAGCGACGACGGAGGAAGGAGGAAAAGAAAUUGAAGAAGGAAGCAAAGAAGAAGAAGGCCGAGAAAGCAGCCUCCAAGGAAGACAAGAAGGUGAAGAAGGCGAAGAAAGCGAAGAAAGCGAAGAAAGAAUCGAAAUCCGAAGACGACUAUCCCACACCCACAUCAACCGAAGAAUCCAGCGACCAGGACGAGUCGGUCGAAGUGAAAGCAUCCUCGAAGGAGAAGAAGAAGGAUAAAGAGGACAAGAAAGACAAGAGCAAGAAAUCGAAAUCCGAGUCGACGACAUCCAACGAAAACGCAACACACAAGUUAAAAAAGGAGAAAAAGGAGAAGAAGAAAUCUACCAAAGAAUGA